UGAACGCUACUGGACCAGUAUUCACGAUGUCUCUGAGUAAGACCCUCGAGCUGGAGCACUUUGACGAACGCGACAAGGUUCGCCGGGGACGCUCCACCAGGGCCAAGAGAGAUGACUCCACGAGCAGUGGUGGAGGUGGGGGUUCUGGCCCCAGCUCCAGGGGCAGCAGCCUGGUUCCUAGCCCUGCCCACAGCGCCAACUGCAGCUACUACCGGACCCGAACCCUGCAGGCGCUCACUUCGGAGAAACGGGCCAAAAAGGUCAGGUUCUACCGCAAUGGAGACCGGUAUUUCAAGGGUCUGGUGUACGCCGUUUCCAGUGACCGCUUUCGGUCCUACGACGCACUUUUGAUGGAGCUGACGCGCUCGUUGGCGGAUAACCUGCAUCUGCCGCAAGGGGUGCGCACAAUCUACACUAUAGAUGGCAGCAAGAAGAUCAGCAGUAUGGACGAGCUGGUGGAAGGUGAGUGCUACGUCUGUGCCUCCAAUGAGCCUUACCGAAAGGUCGACUACACCAAGAUCUCCAUCCCGAGCUGGAAGCCCGGAGCCAGCGCCGGGACCGGCCAGGCGGGCUCCCCCCGGUCCACCACGGUGUCCACCGGGGUGUCAGCGAGCACCGCCACCACCUCCAAAGAUCGCCCUGAAGUUCGAGAGGGCAGGGAGAGCAAAGACUUCAUCAAGCCCAAGCUGGUGACGGUGAUCCGCAGCGGCGUGAAGCCUCGCAAGGCGGUGAGGAUCCUGCUGAACAAGAAGACGGCGCACUCCUUCGAACAAGUGCUGGCCGACAUCACCGAGGCCAUCAAGCUGGACUCUGGGGCCGUGAAGAGGCUCUACACGCUGGAUGGGAAACAGCUGACUUGUCUGCAGGAUUUCUUCGGCGAUGACGACGUGUUCAUGGCGUGUGGGCCGGAGAAGUUUCGUUACGCUCAGGACGACUUUGUGCUCACACACAGCAGCAAAACACAGGCCUUUGUGAACGAAUGCAGGGCCAAAGUGUCUCGCUCCGCUGUCCCUCAGAAAACUACAACUCCCAAGACUCCCAGCAGCUCCGGGUUGUCGUCCUCUAAGACUCCACCCAAAGGCCCGUCCAGAACAAAGUCUCCUGCCCCAGCCAAUGAGGGCUCAGGAUCACAGUCAGCGGGGAAGUCGGCCAGGUCCAGCCCCUCCCCCACCAGCCCCGGGACUCGACGCAGCCUCAAGGUCUCUCCUCAUCGUGCAUCUUCCACCGACGUGAAUGGAGAGGCCGAGCAGUCAGACGACACCACCGUUGAAGUGAACGGCAAUCGAUCAGUUUCUUCCUCCAUCAUCAACGAUAAGUACAAAGUCGGCAAAGUGAUCGGAGAUGGAAACUUUGCCGUGGUGAAGGAGUGUGUGGAGAGGUCGACGGGACAAGAGUACGCCCUGAAGAUCAUCGACAAAGCUCGCUGCUGUGGGAAGGAGCAUCUGAUAGAGAACGAGGUGGCGGUGCUGCGGAGGGUUCGGCAUCCGAGCAUCAUCCAGUUAAUCGAGGUGGAUGAAACGCCCUCUCAGCUGUUCCUGGUCAUGGAGCUCGUCAAGGGCGGCGACCUGUUCGACGCCAUCACCUCCUCCACAAAGUACAGUGAGCGUGACGCCAGCGCCAUGGUGUUCAACCUGGCCGGAGCCAUCAAGUACCUGCACCGGAUGAACAUCGUCCACCGAGACAUCAAACCAGAGAACCUGCUGGUGUGCGAGUAUCCGGACGGCACGAAGUCGCUGAAGCUGGGGGACUUCGGUUUGGCGACAGUCGUGGAGGGACCGCUCUACACCGUGUGCGGCACGCCGACAUACGUUGCCCCGGAGAUCAUCGCCGAGACCGGCUAUGGUCUGAAGGUGGAUAUCUGGGCAGCUGGAGUGAUCACCUACAUCCUGCUGUGUGGGUUCCCUCCAUUCAGAAGUGAGAAUAAUGUGCAGGAGGAGUUGUUUGAUCAGAUCCUCAGAGGGAAGCUGGAGUUUCCAUCUCCAGACUGGGACACCAUCAGCCUGCCUGCCAAGAUGCUGAUUAGUCAGAUGCUGCAGGUGAACGUGGAUGCUCGUUUCACGGCCGAGGAGGUCCUAUCACACCCCUGGGUGACGGACGAGGCCCCCGUCGACUCCAACACUGUGAGCAGCACCGAAGACCCGACCAGCGCAGACACACUGGAACCAGAGCAGGAGUCACCAGUACUGGAAACCAAACAGGUUCCCUCUCCUCUGGUCUAA